UCUGCCGGGCGGAAAAUGACGGCGUGUCGGUAAGCUGCAAAGUGGGACAGGAAGAGAGCCAGUUGUGAUACCUAAUGCUGCUGCGGGUAACCAUUCGAGAAGGCUGAUUUGAUUGUGCUGCUCUGUGAAGCGAUCAGCCAGAAACAAUGGCACCGAUUAUUCUCGGUUACUGGGACAUCCGAGGUCUCGCUCAGUCCAUCCGCUACUUGCUGGCCUAUGCACACAUCGCCUACGAGGACAAGAGGUACUCUUACGGCAAUGAUUCAGAGCCCAACCGAGAUGAGUGGCUGGCGGUGAAGUACCAGCUCGGCUUGGACUUCCCGAACCUGCCUUACCUGAUCGACGCCGACGUACGGAUGACGCAAAGCCAGGCUAUCCUGAAAUACUUGGGGCGCAAACACGGCCUCGUACCAAAGGACGAAGAAACGUUGCGGCGGGUUGAGGUGCUUCAGCAUGAGGCCUUCGACAUGUUGUGGAAUACAGCGCUCUUGUCGUAUGACCCAGACUACACGGAUGACAAACGGCGGCAAUUCUUGGCUGACGUGGCUGACAAGCUCCAUCAGCUUGAAGUCUACUUGGCCAAGCACGGACCGUACGGAGCUGGAAAGAACGUCACCUAUGUGGACUUCAUGGUCUAUGAGAGUCUUCAAGUGGUCAAGAUACUUGGGCCUACCACUUUCAGCAAGGGUUAUCCGGCUCUCGAGGAGUACUGUGACCGCAUCGCUGCGCUACCAGGUAUUAAAGAGUACCUGGCUUCGGACCGCUUCAGAUCCUGGCCAAUUUGGAGCCCAUUCGCGAACGCACUUUCGGCGCGCAGUGGUCCGCCCGCUGAGGAUAGUUGAGAGUUGGCAUUGUGUGCUAGUAGGUGAAUGCCUUCUGCUGGGAAGGGACCUGGAAGCCACAGAUCCCAUGCAUUUACGAUGCAAUAAAGUGUA